AUGAAUAACAAAAUGCAAUCCCCCACAAUCCUCCUCCUAGGAACCUUCGACACCAAAACUCCCGAAUUAACCUACACCCACCAAACCCUCCUCACCCAAACCCCGCAACCAAACAUCCUAGUCCUAGACGUCAGCCACCACCCCCCACCAACAACAACAACCUCAGUAACCGACCUAAAUAUCACCCACACAAUCCCCCAAAAAGACCUCCCCGGCCAACGAGCCGAAUACAUAAAAGCCGCCUCCGAGCACGCCACCACCAUCGUCGCAGAUUUAUACAAGGAAAACAAAAUCCACGGCAUUAUUUCCAUAGGCGGGUCAUGCGGGACGAAUAUCGCGACGGCGGCGAUGCGGAAUGCCCUUCCUGUUGGGUUCCCGAAGCUGAUGGUCUCGACGAUGGCGAGCGGAGAUGUCAAGCCGUAUGUUGAGGAGACAGAUGUAACGAUGAUGUAUAGCGUUGUUGAUAUUGCGGGGAGGAAUUGGAUUCUGGAGGGGAUAUUGCGGAAUGCUGCGUGUGCCAUAUUUGGGAUGGCGGGGGGAUAUUAUAAAUCUUUGCUGAAGUCUCAGAGUCACAGAGAGGGUGGUAAUGGGGGUUCCCGGGGAAAGAAGAGGGUUGGAAUUACUAUGUUUGGGGUGACGACGCCGGGGGUGGAUCGCAUUCGAGCCCAUUUAGAGGAUGUCUACGGGUUUGAAGUCUAUGUGUUUCAUGCGACGGGGGCUGGGGGCAAGGCGAUGGAACGGCUGAUACGGGAAGGGCAGCUGGAUGCUGUUGUGGAUUUGACGACAAGUGAGGUUGUUGAUGAGGUUAUGGGGGGUGUGCUCUCUGCUGGGCCGGAGCGGUUGGUUGCUGCUGCGAGGGCAGGCAUUCCGCAGGUGGUCAGUGUUGGGGCUUGCGAUAUGGUCAAUUUUGGACCACGAAAUACCAUCCCCGAGCGGUAUGAGGGACGGUUGAUCUAUGAGCAUAAUCCGACGGUGACGCUGGUGAGGCCCAAUGCUGAAGAGACGGUGGCGGUGGCCAAAUUUAUUGCGGAGAAGUUGAGGUCUUGUGCUGUCAAGCCGGAGUUGAUUCGUUUGGUGCUUCCUACUGGGGGAAUUAGUAUGAUUGAUACCCCUGGACAGCCGUUUUAUGAUCCCGAGGUCGAUGAGGUGUUGUUUCUUACGUUGGAGAAGGAGUUGGAUGGGACUGGUAUUUCUAUUCUUAGGGACCCGAGAGCUAUCAAUGAUCCCGAGUUUGCGGUCAGUGUGGCGGAUAUGCUGGGAGAUUUGGUCAAAUCAUUGUAA